UUCAAGUUGUGAUCACAUGGAGCCUUAGAUAUGGCACAACUAUGACCUGUGAGCAGCAGCUUGGCAUUGUCAGGGUUAACAAUCUCUGUAAAUUCUGGCUAUUUUAGCUGUAGGCCUCCAUCGCACGUUCCCCUUCCUCCUCAGGCGGGUGUCAGCUCUUGUGUCUACAUCACUCAGCAGCUGAGAUCAGGAAAUGUCCCAGAGAAGGAGGAGACAGAGGAGUAAAUGAAAGUGAAAGUCAGGGCCGUGUCCCACACCCAGUAUAGAGUGUAUAGGGACAACACUGGCCGAGCCCCUAUGUGCCUCAGAAGACCCCUAGCAUGGGGGACGCCUCCUACCAGUUCCCUGUGGCCCUUAAGUGGGACGAGGGCCCCGACAGCCUAAAACAGCUAAGAAACAAACUUCUGGUGCAUUUCCAGAGUAAGAACAAGUCUAAUGGAGGAGAAUGUCAGAUCCGGGACCUGGACUGUAGUCGGGGGUACAUCCUAAUAUACUUCAGAGAGGAGGCGGUCCGGGAUCAGGUUCUGCAGAAACACAACCAGGAGCUGAAAAUAUCCAAAGGAAAAACACUAAAUCUGAGUGUUACCCUCCCAGAAGAUACACAGGAGAAGUUACAAACCCACCGAAUUGUGGAGACAAGAGGGACACGAGGGACGACGUCUGGAUCUGUGACUGGUGAAGAUGCCAGGCAGCCGGAAGAAACCUGGUCCACCAUUUUAAUAGAGAAUAUCCCGGACUCCUGCUCUUCUGAAAUGCUGAGCAUCCUGGUGGAAAACAUCAGCGAGAAGAACAUUGACAAAGACUUCUAUGUGGAGAUGAUUCCUCAUUCUGCUGCCGUCAUCACCUUCACGUGUGACAUAGAUAUUCACCACUUCAUGCAGAACUUCUCCAGCAGUCUCCGAGUGACACAGCUUCGACUAAAAGUGAAGCUUUUGGAGGGAACUACAAGUAUCAGAGUGGAGAACUUACCUAAAAACACAUCCGAGCAGCACCUCACGUUUUACUUUGAGAGCCCCAGACUUGGAGGAGGAAAAGUUCAAGAAACUGUGAUGUUAGAAGAGGAGGGGGCCGCACUGCUUCAGUUCUGUGACACAGAAGCUGUGAAGAAAAUAUUGAAGAAGGAGCAGCAUGUGUUUAAUAGGAUUGCCAUAAAUGUGUAUCCUUACUACCCAUCACUAAAUAUACAUCUCUACGGGAAGAAUCAACCUCAUGUGGCAAUACCGGAUCCUAUCAAGUUUGAUAUCAGUCCAUAUAUAUUAGAGUACAUCCUGAAUAAUAACCAGAUUAAACACAGCAUAGAUAGCAAGAUGGAGGACAAAGAUUGUAUGAUCAAAUGGCCAAGUCCUGACUGCCAGAAUCCCGUCAUUAUAAUUGAGAUAUCUCAGACCCUAUCUUCUAAUCUGAGGACUAUGGCAAAGGUUGCCCGCACAUGGACCGAGAAGGUCUCCAAUGAGUUCUCAAUGAUUAUUUCAAGGUAUAAAGUCAUAGACUGUAAAAUUAACCCUUUAGCGUGGGAGGACAUAAAGGAACAGACCUCCACUUCUGCCUAUGAAGGAGUACUGAUCAAACCCAACCCUGAGGCUGAGAAGGUCUUCCUGGCGGGCACAAUGAAGGAUGUUAAUAAGAUGGAGAAAACCUUCAGGGAACUGGUAGAGAAAAUUAGCAAAAAAACAGAAAGAAAAAGUCAGCUGUCCACCAUGACAGAACCGAUGUCUGCAGCUCUCUAUCAUAUUAUACGUAACAGUGGUGUGGAGAAGAAGAUACUGGCAGAUGUCCCAGAGCUGAAGAUGGAAUAUGACCCAUCCACACAAAAUAUCCACCUUACCGGACUGCGAGAUGAAGUUCUCCAAGCCAAGUGUGAAAUACUUAGUGUUAAACAGCAGCUGGAAUCCAAAUCCAUCCCGCUGGACCCGCACAUCCUCCAGUUCUUGAAGUUCACUGACCAUAAAGAGGUCUUGUGUUUCCUGUUCAUACGUCACAAUAUCAAUGCUUUAAUUGAAAUGGAAGAUAAUGGGAUAAAACUGACCGGUUACUCAAAAAAAGACUGGAUGAAUGCUAAAGAACAAAUUGAUCGAGAAUUAAGUUGUCAGGUGAUUCCAGUUGAGGACAAGGAUCUCCUACAAAGUCCAGAGUGGAAAAAUCUGAAAUCACAUCUUCAUGACUCCUUUAAUUCUGAGACCUGCACAGUCCUAAUCCAAGAAUUCCCCCACAAAGUAAAGAACAAUGUGGUCGAUGUGGUGGUCGCUGGUUUGUCCUCCAAUGUACAACUUGGUUACCAACAACUGAAAGAUUUUGUGGACAAUAAUGCAGAGAAGGAAGUGAAGGUUCCUGUCCCGUCCAGGCUCAUGCUGCGGUUUAUUGAAGAAGUAAACCAGCAGACAUGGCAGAAGAUUAACACGAAGGUGAAACUCAUGAAGAAUGAGAACAGUUUGUCAAUAUUUGCCCCAAGACUUCAGGCUGAGGAGGCAGCUGCUCAGGUCCUCGUUCUUCUGUCCUCCUUAUAUUGUGACUCCCUGCGUAUAGAUAAACCAGGAGCCAGGAAAUUUUGUAAGAACUAUGAAGAAAUUCACGCUACUACAGCAAGGACCAAAUUCAAUUGUGUGAUUCUCUUAGAAAGAGAUGGAGAAUACAAACCAAUACAUAAAGCCGAAUAUGAAGUGAAGAUACAAAGUGGGGUGACCAUCGCAGUGUAUCAAGACGAUCUGUGCCGCCACAAUGUGGAUGUCAUUGUUAAUGCUGCAAAUGAAGACCUGAAACACUGUGGGGGCCUGGCCCUGGCAUUGCUGAAAGCAGCAGGACCCAUACUCCAAGACGAUUGUAAUCAUAUAAUCAAGAAGAUGGGAAAGGUGCCCACAGGGGAGUCAGUCAUUACCAAUGCGGGAAAUCUGCCAUGCAAACAGGUCAUACAUACAGUUGGGCCCCGGUGGGACCCUCAGACCCAAGUGAGAUGUGAGAAACAUCUGCGAAGAGCAAUAACUACCAGCUUGGACCUAGCUGCAGAAAACGGCCACAGCUCUAUUGCAAUCCCGGCCGUCAGCUCUGGAAUUUAUGGCUUCCCCCUUAAACAAUGUGCUGAAAAUAUACUGGACGGCAUAGAAAACUAUAUGGAGAAGCAGGGGAGCAGCACCAGUUUAAAGCGAAUACACAUUGUUGAUAUGAAUGUACAGACAACACAAUUCUUUUCUGAGCUUUUAAGAAACAGAUUUGGAGACAAAAAGAGCAGUGGGGCCCCUGUAGCAAGUGGGCACCAGGGCCAUAUCAGUUCAGGAAGAAGUGAGAAGCCACAAGUUACAGUGAGCAGGGAAGACGUGACAGUGGCAACUCCAAUGGGGCUGAUCAUCAAGCUUGUUCAGAAGAAAAUAGAAGAUGCCACAACAAAUGUGAUAGUGAACAGCGUGGGGACUGAUCUGGUUCUCACCCAGGGUCAGGUGUCUAAGGCCAUUUACAAACGGGCUGGCGUUGACCUCCAGCAGCUUGUUAUAGAUGAGAAUAUGGGGGCCCAGGUAUCCCCCGGCACAGUCAUUCCAACCGAUGGCUGCAAUCUCAACUGCAAUAAGGUUCUUCAUGUUGUGACUCCGCAGUGGGACAAAGGACGAGGAACUUCAGAGACGGUAUUGCGAAAAAUUAUCCAGCAGUGCUUGACAUGGACUGAACAGCAGGGUAUGACGUCACUGUCCAUCCCAGCCCUGGGAACGGGUAAUCUGGGCUUCCCCAAAGUACAAGUAGCAGCUUUAAUGUUUGAUGCAAUUUGCCAGUUCAGCACUAGAAACAAACCCCAAAAUCUUCAAGAAGUAGAAAUUGUUCUUCACCCAAGUGACACCGACACAAUCCAGGCAUUUAACAAUGAGUUGGUUAAUUACACUGAUGAUCGCUUGACAAGCACGAAGCAGAACUACCGACCAGGAUCAAUUUUCUAUAGUGCAGUCACAAAUCCGUCUUUGGGAGUUCAUGAAAUGAGGAUCGGAUCCCUGACCUUCCAAGUCAAGACAGGAGAUAUAACCAAAGAAGCGUCUGACGUCAUUGUCAACUCCUCCAAUAACAACUUUACUCUUAACUCAGGUGUAUCGAAAGCCAUUCUGGAAGCCGCUGGACUGAAUGUCCAAUUAGCUGCUGCAGCGUUAGGUUCUCAGCCCCACAAGGGUUACAUCAUCACAAACUCAGGGAAUCUUGUUGGGAGCAGCUGGAUCCUUCAUGUUUCGGGGCCGUCACAGGCAACACACAUCAAGAAGAUUGUUCUGGACUGUCUGCGGGAAUGCGAAAAGCACCAGGCAACUUCUGUCGCCUUCCCGGCCCUGGGAACAGGGGCCGGUCGCUUAGCGCCUGCACUGGUGGCCGAUGCUAUUCUAGAUGGUGUGAUGGAUUUUAUCAACUCCGGCGCAGCCAAGUCCAUUCAGACAGUGAAGGUGGUCAUAUUCCAGCAGCAUAUGCUGAACGACUUCUACAUGAGCAUGAAGAAGAAGGAGGGGACGGCGCUGCCGGGGCCCAAAUCUCUGUUCAGUAAAUUCACUGACCUUUUGUUACCUUCAGUUCCUUCCUUCUUGAUCCCAAAGGCUCAGAAGAAGCCGGUGCAGAAGCUGACGGCCUUCCAGCUCCUGGAUAACAUAGAGCCGGUCAUCUUCAGUCUCUGCUCGGAUGAUAAAGAGAAUGUGCAGAAGACCAAGCAGUGGCUGCAGCAGCAGAUAGAAUACGAGCAGAACGAGACCACGCUCACAGACGAGUGCAUCUCCGAGCUUGAGGACAUCGAAUACGACAAAAUACGGACUCUCCAAAGAAAGUUCCAGGUCUCUAUAGUCUACAAGCCCCCCGACCCUUCUAUUCGGAUAUCCGGCCUCACGCGGGAUGUUCUCGAGGUGUCUGGUGAGAUCCAAAAGAUUGUGAACAGUGUGAAGGACAGGAAAAGCAGAGAGCGGGCGGCGGAACUCACCGGGAACCUGGUGGAGUGGAGAUACCAGCAUGGCUCCAAUAUGAUUCCAUUCGAUAAUAUGGCGAAUCUGGAGCUGGAGGAGGCAAAAAACGCAAAUAAAACCCAAGUCACCGUCCAGAUCAGAAACCGGAAGAUCACUGUUGACCUGAAGAACCUGACGGCCACAGACAAUCAUGGAAAUCAAAUAGAGAUCGGGCGAGCCCCCAAACAUGAAAAAACAUCUCUCAAGUUACCGGAUCACUGGCAGCCGAUGAAUAACAGUCUGGUCAUAGAGGUCGAUCUUCCGGUCGGUUCUUCUGAAUAUUCACAGGUUCAGCAGCAAUUUGCACAAACAUGUGGAAACAGGAUACUGAAGAUACAAAGGAUUCAGAACAAGGAUUUGUGGCUAAAUUACCAGAUAAAGAAACAAACCAUCGACACCAGGAAUGGGACAACGAACAACGAGAAGCAGCUCUUCCAUGGAACCGACCUCAACUCUGUAAAACAUAUUAAUCAUAAUGGAUUCAACAGGGGCUACGCAGGAAGACACGCUGCAAUGUAUGGAAAUGGAACGUACUUCGCUGUAAAUGCAAAUUACUCAGCUAGGGGUUACUCCCGACCUGAUGCACAGGGACAGAAGCACCUGUACCUGGCCCGGGUCCUUACUGGAGUCUUCUGUGGGGGACAGUCAGGAAUGGUGGCUCCUCCGGCCAAGAACCCAUCUAACUCUACUGACCUGUAUGACAGCGUCACAGACAACCCAGGAAACCCUUCCAUGUUCAUCAUAUUCAAUGACAUCCAAGCGUACCCAGAGUAUCACAUCACUUUCUGCUAAGCAGCGGUCAUAAUACAAUGGGGGCGGAGGGCCGGGCCAUCACCUAGGGCAGUGGUCUUCAACCUGCGGACCUCCAGAUGUUGCAAAACUACAACUCCCAGCAUGCCCAGACAGCCUUUGGCUGUCUGGGCAUGCUGGGAGUUGCAGUUUGGCCUUCCUAGUGGUUGCCACAGUAAAGAUCACUUUACUUUCACUUUCAAUCCCUCCCCACCGUCGCUUCCCUACCUGAGCCAGGAUCCAGCAGUCUGUCUCCAUGCUGGGAGUUGUAGUUUUGCAACAUCUGGAGGUCCGCAGGUUGAAGACCACAGACCUAGGGAGUAAUCCCAGGCCUCCUCCUUACUGCCACAUCCUGGGGGGGGGGGGGGGGAACAAACCCUGUCCACCAACCACAAAGGCCUCCAUAGCUGUCAAGUGUCAAACUGUCUCUUGUUACUAUCGACCUGUUCUUCAUAGCAACCGUAAUUCCUUUAGUAAGUAAAAAGCGGAACUCUGAUUGGUUGUUAUGACAGCAAGGUGAGAUGUGAAGCUCACUAUUAUAUUUUUUUUCGGCCAUUUUUAUGUAGUUUUACUUAGAUUUUUUUUCUGUACUGUUGCUACAUGGAAACCACUGAGAGGCUGCUGUUGACAGAUCCUAUUAUAG